ACAACAACCAUGGCUGCCCCGUCAACAACCACAGCUGAUCAAACAUCAACCACUAUUGCUCCAACAACACCCACAGCUUCCCCAACAACAAACAUACCUUCAAAAACAACAAUAACCACAGAAGCUCCAACAACUACCACAGAGGCUCACACAACUCACACACCAACAACGACAACCACAGCUGUUAAAACAACUACUGCCCCUCUAAAAACUAGCACAGGUGCUCCAACAAUUACCACAGCUGCUCCAACUACAACUACAGUUGCACCAACAACAACCCCAGCCGCUACAACUACAACUACAGCUGCUCUCACAGCAACUACAGUUGCUUCAACAACUACCACAGCUUUACCAACAACAACCACAGCCGCUACAACUACAACUACAUCUGCUCUGACAAUAACCAUAGUUGGUCCAACAACUAUCAAAGCUGCUCCAACAACUACCAUAGUUGUACGAACAACAAUCACAGCCGCUCAAACAACAACCCCCACAACCACGGAUCUUCGGACAACAACUACAGCUGGUCCAUCAACUAACACAGUUGCUCCUACUACAACCACAGUAGCUCUCACAGCAACUACAGUUGCUCCAACAACUACAUCUGCUCCAACAACAACCACAGCCGCUCUGACUACAACCACUACCGCUCCGUCUACAACCACUGCCGCUCCGACAACGUCCACGGUUGCUCCGACAACGUCCACGGUUGCUCCAACAACAACCACAGCCGCUCUGACUACAACCACUACCGCUCCGUCUACAACCACUGCCACUCCUGCAACGUCCACUGCCGCUCCGACAACGUCCACGGUUGCUCCGACAACGUCCACGGUUGCUCCGACAACAACCAGAGUUGCUCCGACAACUACCACAGCUGCUUCAACUACAAGACUUGCUCCAACAACUACCACAGUUACUUCAACUACAACUACAGCUGCUCCAACAACAACCACUGCCUUUCUGACGACAGUUGCUUCAACUACAAGAAUGAGUGGUGCAAAAGCAACAAAAUUUGCUCCAGCAACAACUCCCAUUGCUGCAACAACAACCAGCAUUGCUUCAAUUACAACCGCAAAUGCUAAAACAGCUACAGCCAUUCCACAAACAGCUACUUUUGUUCAACAAACUCCCACGACUUCCACAACAAUGAAUAUGGCUUUGACAAGUAAAGUUACUUCCCCAAUAUAUGUUUUUUCAGUGGUUUUGAAAGAUCGCUUUAAUGAUGAUCUCAAAGAUAAAAACAGCAACAGAUUUAAGAUUCUUCAAACGAAACUCAUAGCCCUUUACGACACCAUCUACAGAGCUAAAUUUGGCUCUCUCUUCAUUCGCAGUUUUAUUAUUGAAUUUAGAUCAUCUGUAAACGGGACACAAAUGGGGAAUAUUGAAGUUGAGGUGGGAGUUGAGUUCAAUAAAACCACACCAAUUAAGGAACUCCCAGAGAACAGAGUUGUUGAAGAAACUGUAAAACAGGGUGUGGUUAAUUCCACCGUGAAUUUCAACAUCACCAUCGUGUCAGACUCCAUUGCAAUAAUAAAAACACCUAAGGCAAAUUUGACAACUGCAUCUCCAGGAAUCCCAACCACAGCAGCUGCAAACUCAACUGUAAAUCCUGCAGCUACCAAUACUACAAUCCAACUUUCAAAAGAGGGAGCAAAUGCCAGAACCCCUUCCAAGCUAGCUACAAGUGCAGCAACCAAUGCUACAACCACGACUUCUACUGCAGCAACAACAACGACCACUACAACUGCAGAGUCAAUAGUCGUGAGGCGGGUGACUUUUAGGUCUUUGGGAGAGACAUUCACAACUGAUCUGCUGGAUGCCUCAUCCACGGCUUUCAAAAACCGAGCUGCGUUAAUCAAGUCAACACUGGAACCUUACUUUGAAGGAGCAUUUUCCUCAUUCUGCUCUUUGACAAUGAUUUCAUUCAGCAAUGGAUCUAUCAUCAACAACAUGGACUUUUGUUUUGCACCAGCAUCUGUUCCUGAUAACAUUCAAAUUGGACAUGUUUUGAUCACAGCAGCUCCAAACAUCACAAACUUCAACAUUGAAACCAGUUCUGUAACUGUGGAAAGCUUACAGUGGAAUAUUGCAGUAGCCCACAACAUUAGUUUCAUCACUGCAGUCUCCAUGGUGCUGUUGUCAUGGCUACUGUCAAGUCAGCAGUUUCUUCCCUGCUAAUGUUCAUGGGACAUUUUAAGAGAGCUAAUGCCAUGGCGGACCUG